AAUUAAAAUUAUGUCCUUCUAAAGCCAUUAAAACACUUUUAGAGUCAGAUAAAAUAAAAAAAUGGGUGAUAAUAUUUACAUCAUAUAUGUACAUUAGGGCCUUAUAAAUAGCAUAACAUUCUGCUGUAAAUAUUCAAAUCUGGUUAUCUUUAAUUGAGGAUCAUUAAGAGCUGAUGUUACUCCAUCAGCACUUUUUGAUCCAUCGGUGUACACUGAAUAUGGAGAGCCUUCUCUAUCCAUGCCUUGGAGCACCUCAGCAUUGUUACAUCCAGAAGUUGGACAAAUAUUGACUGCAGUCAUUAAUGCUUUAUAACUACGUGUAUACAUAGGCCAUUGAGAAUUUCUAUAUAUAUUUACAAAAUUUACUAGAAAAUACAUACAAAUUCUUAACAGUGUAGGAGAAUGUCCAUCAAUGAUACCUUUAGUGUCAACAAGCCUUACAGACUUGUCUAAAGGGCAUGUCGGUGGCAGAAUUCGAUCUAGAACACAUUUAUUAUUAUAUGAUAUAAAUUGUAUAACAAAUCUUUCAGCUAUUUGAAUACGCCUGAAUACUAAUGGGGGUAUACAUAAAAUUUCUUCUCAAGUAACCAAGGCAGAGGUGCAUUGUUAAAAAGAAUAGGACUCUGACAAGUAUAGUAUUUUACAGAAUAUCAUAGCUCCACUUUUACUACAGCUAAUAUUCAAUUUAAUGUAUUAGUAUAAUAGUUAUGGAUAUAUACAAGAGCAGAAUUCAAUUUAUUUACACAAUAUGUAUAUAAGAAUGUCAUCAGCAAAUUGGAGAAAUCGAAUAUCUUUAUUUACCAAAUAUUUACUAAUCUGAGAUGUAUACAGGGUGUCCCGUAAAGAGCACGACAGACUGAAAUGUAAGGAAGAUUGAGGUGUGCCCUACUCGAUAAAAAAAAAUGACCUCAGUAAAAGUGUCACCGUUUUCGAGAUAUUCCCGACUUUUUAUUUUUUUCGACAAAUUCUGCUUUUGGUCAGUUUUUUUGUUGCUGUGUGUACAAGAAAGCAGAUAACUCUGUAAUUUAUUUUUUGUAAAUAUUCUAGAAUAGUAGAUCUACCAUAUUUAAAUACUAUUUUGCUAAAUAUCAUUAAGUAUCUUUGAAAAAAAAAACAUUAUUCUUAUUAUUUUUUUGUACAAAAAUUAUUUACCUCAACUUUGGCAUUCGGUGGUGAAAAAAAAAUGUACUGGACUGUCACUGCACAUUUUACAGAUAACUUACUUAUUUAAUAAGGAUUUCAGAAAGGUAUAAUACUGGCCAUAUUUUUGUAGAAAAAGAAAAGAAAUUGCCAGUAUUGUGCAAAAGGGGCUAAUUCAUAUUAAAUUUGAAUAAUAAAUAAAAUACACAUGUUUGAGUAAAAAAAUCAUUUUUUAAUAUUUAGUCAAUGAAUACAUCUAGUAUGUGCUCGAAUUGCCGGCCUUCUUGUGCGAUACACGCGCGGCACCUCUUAAUGAAAGCCCUUUUUAACCGUCUUAAGCUUAAUUCUGAUAUUUCUUGGGCUGCUGUAUUAAUUUGUUGUCGCAGGUGUUCUUCACUCUGAAUAGCUUCUUUAUACACCUUGUCCCUAUAGUAUAAAGUUCUUCAGGUCCCCUGGGGUGGAGUGAGGUGUGGUUCCUCCAGACGGUGCCGAGGCUGUAUCAACUACGUGUUGAGCUGUCAUCCCCUGCAUCCUGGCUGCUUGGAGUGACUCCACUCGUAGUUCAAGCAUUUGUAUCCUUUUGCGAUCCUGUUGGGCCUGCUCAUGGAUCGUGUUCACUUUGGCCAAAAUCUCCUUUUGAGUUUUCUGAAUAUCUGUUAAGAGGGUGUACAUCCAACCCCCAUCUUCCACUGGUGGUCCUUCAUGCAGCCCCAAUAAAAGAAAUCCAAUGGAUUUAGAUCGGGGGAUCGAGCAGGCCAAUUGAUUGUGCCUCCUCGUCCGAUCCAUCGACGAGGGAAUGUAGAGUUUAAAUGGUCCCUUACUUGACGGCCGUAGUGCGCGGGGCACCCGUCGUGUUGCAGCCACAUUGCACGCCGCUCCGCCAGUGGAAUAUCCUCAAGUAAAAUCGGCAUCUGAUUUUGAAGAAACUCCAAGUAGUUAUUGGCAUUGAGAGUGGGUGGCAGUUCGACCGGUCCUAGUAUUUGGCCAUUGUAGAUACCGGUCCACAAAUUUAUUUUGUAUUGGUAUUGAGAUCGAUCUUCCCGCAUCUCAUGUGGAUUGGAUAUCUGCCAGCUAUGCAGAUUGUGUAAAUUAAAAUAGCCAUCGCGCUUGCAAGCUCCACAAGAUUUUAUUAAAAAAAUUGGGAUCCGAUUGAUGUCGUCUCAGCAUUUCUCGGCAAAAGUUAACUCGUGCCGGGUAAUCCCGUGGCUGCAAACUUUGGACUCGUUGAAUGUGGUAUGGGUGAUACGAAUGACGUUGCAAAAUUCUGUGAGCCGUAGAUUUUGGAACCCCGGUACGUCGUUCGAUCAUCCGCACUGAAGUUGAAGGGUCUUCUUCAACUUCGUCCAAUACAAUAUCUUCCUCUGCCGUUUGUGGUCGUCCUUCGCUCGUACGCUGCCCAGGUACACGCCCGUCAGAAAUGGCUCUAUGGGUUCGCGUAAAAACCUCAUGACCUGGAUGCCGGCGGUUAGGGUAUCGCUCAGCAUAAAGUCUCGCAGCAGCUCUGGCGUUACAGCGAACUUCGCCAUAAAUAAGAUGCAUAUCUGCAUACUCAUGCGACGUGUACGUGGACGCCGCCGCCGCCAUUAUUUAAAGUUCAAGCGAACUAGCACAGCCAGUCACAGUUCAAUUCACAACACAAAGUUCACAGAUAACUAAGUCCAAAUCGUUAGGCAAAUCAGAGUCCGAGUUCCAAGCAAAAAACGUAGUACGAUAGCAAAACAACAGCGGUAACAGAGCGACGACGUGUGCGCAGGAGAGCGUUAAGGAUCGUACUGGCUGCCCUGGCUGGCGGCUGGCAGGCAGAGGAAGGGGCAGGAAAGUGACAAAGACAGACGCAUCCUUUUGCUAUCGUAAGAGCGAGAUAGCAAACAGGAUAGAUAAGCACAAUAGCAACGGCUGUAGAUAUGACAAUAGAAAACCGGUCGGUAUCAUAAAAAAAGGCCAGAGCAGGUACUACCCGGUCAAGCUAACUGUAGACCUGAGUGUGAGCGUGGUCGUUUCAUGUUAUUGUUAUCAUCAAUUUAGCAUGGCCAGGGAUGGGUAAAAAUGUGUAAUUUAAACUUAAAUUAAUAAAUCGGAUUUAAUAACAAUCAGCCCCUUUGGCAUAAAACUGGCAAUCUCUUUUUUUUCUUCAAAAAUAUGGCCGAUAUUAUACCUUUCUGAAAUCCUUAUUAAAUAAGUAAUUUAUCUGUAAAAUGUGCAGUGACAGUCCAGUACAUUUUUUUUUCACCACCGAAUGCCAAAGUUGAGGUAAAUAAUUUUUGUACAAAAAAAUAAUAAGAAUAUUUUUUUUUCAAAGAUACUUAAUGAUAUUUAGCAAAAUAGUAUUUAAAUAUGGUAGAUCUACUAUUCUAGAAUAUUUACAAAAAUAAAUUACAGAGUUAUCUGCUUUUUUGUACACACAGCAACAAAAAACUGACCAAAAGCGGAAUUUGUCGAAAAAAAUAAAAAGUCGGGAAUAUCUCGAAAACAGUGACACUUUUACUGAGGUCAUUUUUUUUUAUCGAGUAGGGCACACCUCAAUCUUCCUUACAUUUCAGUCUGUCGUGCUCUUUACGGGACACCCGUAUAAUCUUAGCUUAGUCAUAUACCUAAACAACUAGGUUUUAUCCUCAGAGGGAUGUGUAAAGUGUCAGGACGGCAGGUCCUUGACAAAAAAGGCAUGGAGUAAUUGUUGAGGACAAAUACUCCAUGUAUUAGUAGAAUAUCAAUGUGAGAAAACGUUACAAUACAUGAUAAGUUAAAUUAGUCAUGGAAGAAGGACAUCCAGAUUGAAUCCUGAGAUUGUAUUGUAACGCCUGCCGCGUUUUACUACUGACUGUAAUUGAUCUUGUUUUUCUGUUAGGAACUAUCAAAAAGUUAUCAUUGAAAACACUUAAAAACUACUGCUUAAAACUAAAAUAUUAUUACAUAAAUAAACUUAUACUAAUUAAUUUAACAAAACAUAGCUAUUUACAAAAUAAUUCCGUUAAUAUUGUACGACUUUAAUAAUUAUCACAUUGCGUAGGUAGCCGUACCUACAUUCCACAGCCGAGCCGCUACUCUUCCGAUCGGAUGUUCGACACAAUCCUUCUGCCUUUGUAGCGAGAACACCUCGAUUACUCGUAUAUUUUUUAAAUACGUUUUUUUACUAAUUUUGUCUACGAUAUAAUAAUUUAUAGUGUUGUGUUAUCCCCAUUAAUUAGGUAAGUGUAGCAAUUACCAUUUUUAUUAGUUUAAAUAUCAACGUAGACUAGUACAUGCUUUCUUUGUUCAUUGCAUGACUGUCAUUUUUCAUAAUCAUCGUGUAAAUGUAUUUUCACGCUUUAGUGCUUAUUUUAUAUCAUAUGGCGCAUCCACACAUGCCGCCGGCUUAUGCCGCCGGGUUUCAGACCGCCUUGCCGCUGAAUGCAGGCCGCCGGCUUUACCGGCGGUUGCCGGCGGCCUGCAGAUGCGGUUGCAAUUUUCGCAGCAGUGUUGUGACUUUCGUCGAAGUUAGUCGUGUACGUAGGAUUGAAAGAUGUUGGACUAUGAUAUAGUUGCGUAUAUCGCAAGUGUUGUGUUGUAUGUUAUUAUUCGUAAAAAGAACCGCAAAAUCAAACGAAGAUAUUGGGUCAGACCAAGUCUACGAAAUAGGCCUAAUGUGUCCCUGAUACUUGAAGAUUUUUAGAAAGGAUGACAUAAACCGAAGAAAUAUUCGUUCGAAAUUUAACACUUUUCUAAGGAUCUCUAGUGAAGAAUUUGAAAUAUUACUGAAUUUAACUGGACCUAUGAUAUCAAAAACUGACACCCGCUGGAGAAAUGCUGUGUCAGCUUCCGAUCGACUAGCAAUUACUUUGAGAUACCUGGCUACAGGAGACUCUUAUUUUUCACUCGGUACGCUGUUUAAAGUGUCUCCACAAGUUAUUUCUUUAAUAAUUCCAGAUGUUUGUCAAGCGUUGGUAUCUACAUUAUCCAAUUAUUUAAGGAUGCCGAAUACACAGGAAGAAUGGCUAUCAGUGGCUCGGAGUUUCAUGCAGAAAUGGAAUGUACCUAAUUGCGUAGGUGCCCUCGAUGGGAAACAUAUACGUAUUUCAUGUCCAAUUAAUAGCGGUUCUGAGUUUUUUAAUUAUAAGUCAUAUUUCAGUAUUGUUUUGCUAGCUUUAAUCGAUGCCAAUUAUAACUUUUUAUACGUGGACAUUGGAUGUCAGGGCAGAAUAUCUGAUGGUGGAGUUCUACGCAAUUCAACUUUAUUUGAUAUGAUACGAGAUGGAACUUUAAGUCUGCCACAAGCGAUUCCAUUACAAGGGAGAAAUACACCUGUACCUUUUUAUUUCAUCGGUGAUGAUGCUUUCCCCAUCUCACAGAAUAUAAUAAAACCAUUUUCUGGAUAUCAUGCAAAAGGAUCACCUGAGAGGGUUUUUAAUUAUAGAAUUAGUCGCGGGCGCAUGGUUGUAGAAGACGCGUUUGGCAUUUUAUCUAAUAAAUUCAGAAUUUUACAUUCACGCAUUGACUUACAAAAUGAGAAAGCAAAACUUGUCGUGAUGGCUUGUGUGCAUCUGCAUAAUUUUAUGAAGAGAAAUGAAAGAACUACUGAUGGAGUUUUGAACGAAGAGCAACAAAAUAUUCCGCAGAUCGCUCUAAAUGUAGAACCAAGUGUAAUUAGAAAUGUUAUUUUCUAUCGGAACAAGGUCAGCUUCCUUGGCAAUAUCAAUUAUAAUGUUUUAAAGAAAUAAAAUAUGAUUAUUCAAAUAAUUGUUUUAUUUAGGAAUCAGAAACAUUUCUUAACACUUCUGUAACACUAUUUUCGGUUAAAUUAUUUUCCAAGACUUGUAACAGACUGUCACUUGUGUUGACAUCUGGGCUAUUUUGCAUUUCAUAGUCUGAUUGAACAGAGUAAGAGGGCGAAGUUGAGGGCGAUGGUGACAUUGUUGACGUUGUAAGUUGGCCUGUGAAGUAUCCUGGACGAACAUUUUGAUAACGAAGAGGCUGAGUAGUAUUAUUGGUAUCAAAAUUCAUCGGACCCAUUCUCAUUUCUGCUUCAUAGACAAUAUUCUGGAUUUGAUGUUGUACUGUACACAUCGUGUAAUGAUCCAUCUUCCUCAACUUGCUACUUAUAUAGUCUGCAAAUAUAGCAGCAUCAUCGCGUUGCCUUGCAUUAGAUGUAAUCUCCCUCAGUAAUUGCAAAGCUUCAUCAACUUCAGGAUCUCCCUCUAUGUUUCGCUUUCGUGACCUCCUUGUCGAAGGUAGCGUAGUCUGGGGAGUGAUAUUAACUUGAGAAGACUGAAAAUAAAAAGGAAAUCUUAUAAAUAAUUGCAAACAAGCUUUAACAUUAUGUUUUGAAAUAUCCAAUCAGUAUGUAAAUAUUUAAUAAAAACCGGCCAAGUGCGUGUUGGACUCGCCCACGAAGGGUUCCGUACGGGGUUCUAUGAAAAAUGAACGUAUCUAUUACCUACAACUAGCCAAAAUACAAACAUUUUUCGGCAAAAAAUAACUUUGUUUUUCAUACAAAUAUAUAAUAAUAAAAUAACAAAGUUAUAAUUUGCGAUUUCACACGUUUAUUGUAUGGGGACCAUUUUUAUUUUUAGUAUUUGUUGUUAUAGCGGCAACGGAAAUAAAUCAUUUGUGAAAAUUUCAGCUUUCUAGCUAUCACGGUUUAUGAGAUACAGCCUGGAGACAGACAGACGGACAGACAGACAGACAGACAGUGGAGGCUUAGUAAUAGGGUCCCGUUUUACCCUUUGGGUACGGAACCCUAAAAACCAAGCUUAUAAACAUUACAUGUAUACAGUCACCAUUGAUGACGCCUAUACCUACACUCUUGAUGAGCGCUUAUUCCCGAAUACUUCGCUUUCGGUGACCAACGACCAACUUAAAUGUAGCGAUAAUAAUUUUACCAUAAUACAUAACCGAGGAAUAUCCGUCGGGGGCUGCCAUUAACCCAGCUAAAGUUUUUCUAGUGACGUGAAUACAAUUAUUGAAGAAUUGUAGAUGUUUA